UUAAUAAGUAUUAUUAAACUUUGUUUAUAAACAAUUGUGUCUUCAUACUUCAGUUCAGUCAUUCAUUCUACUUAGUUGCUUACAUAUGGGCAUGUAUCCAUUGCCCAGUACACUUAGUCAACUACAUGAACUAUGACCUCUGUCUGGGUCUGUCAUUAUGCAUACUAAUUAGUGCGUGCUAUAUUUAGCUUCACUUGGAGAUGCUGAGCUGACCUGUCCACAUCUCCCUGUGUUUUUCAUUGUUCGAAUUGGAUUUUUCCGCCAAUCACCAUCACUUUUCUACACUUUACUAUGGAGCAUUACUCAUUCAUAUCUUAUUUCGUUGUGUGAUACGUUUCCCACUUGGAUGUACUUACAUUUUGCGUGUUUUUUAUCGACUUUUCCCAGAGGAGGGGAACCCAUUCUGGACGUGUUUUAUUACGGCGCAUAAAUGAAGACCGUCUCAUAUCCAUCCGUACGAUAGACACCCUUUACCCUAUUAACAAUUUAUUACGGAACAUUGUUGUUUGAUUUCUUUAACCGUUGUGUAAUACGUUUCUACCGGGAGGUACCUUCAUUUGUGUGUUUUUAUUGACUUAUCCCCGGCGGGAGAACUUUUAUUGGGCGACUUCACUAUGGCGCCUAAACGGAGUACGUCUCGAAUUCAUCCGUACGAUUCCACAAAUCCCGCUAACUGGACAGCGAAACAAUUAAAAGAGGAACUUUCUAAAAAAGGAAUCACCGUUUCCCAUUCGAGCAUUACACGAGCGGCACUGAUUCAAAUGUAUAAGGACAAUUGUUUACUUUCUGUGUCAAGGCCGUCGUCGCUUCAGACGAAUGUAAACAAUGGACUCGGAGAUAGACUGUCUCGUCAAACUGGACAAACCCUUUCCUCUUUUGAUUCGGACGUUACAAAUACGCAUUCUGCUACCGUAACAGACGCUGUGGUCACGAGGAACCAACGUAGACCAUUGGUUUCAUUACCACAGGAGAGCGAACUCUGUCUUGAUGCGGACGCGGAGCCCUCUUUUUCUUUGGGUGACGCGAGGAGUGAUUUGGCCCGCACUUCUCCCCCAAGUGACCGCGCCACCGCUACAUGUGCUGCAGCGCGUAGGGAUUCUACAUCACCACCAACAAACAUGGCUGCGCCCAUACAUGUUGUUCCAGACCAGGACACUGCGUCGAUCUUGACUCGGACUCUCUCUCUGAUGGAGAUGACAUUUAAAGCUUUUCAGUCCACUCAACUUGCCACGUCUGCCGAACCCGCCUUCGACAUGAUGACGGCGUAUACCAAUCUCAGAAAUAUCAGGAGCGGCGUAGGCGACAACAGGACGUCAGGGGCUACGCUGGAUACUUUAAGACAACAUGCCGAUUCUGACGGUAUUCCCGCUGACCUCCUCCCUCAGAUCGACAUUGUGUCACCAGCCUUGAGGAAAAAAAUUAUCCAAGGAGUUCCGGAGAGCAGCACCUCAUGCCAACAGUCGCCCAUGUCCCUGCCCAGAGUUCUGUCAAGUAAUGUGGAAUUAAACCAAACAGUAAACGACCUUUGGGAUUCAGCUCUUACUUCAAGUACGCGAGGGGUUUACCAUACAGGCUUCACCGCUUACAAAACUUUUUUACUUCUUAGCGGUGUCAAUUGGUUGUGUACUAUGCCACCAGUGUCUGAAGAUCUAUUGAUGUUCUUUGUCGCACACUGCUUCAAAACCCUCAAUAUUAAAGCAUCUACUAUCAAACUGUAUUUGUGCGGUAUUCGUUACUCAUAUAUGCGGGCAGGUCAUGCUAACCCUCUGGUUGCACGAGACGGUCAAGCCUUCAUCAGACUCAACACUAUCCUCAAUGGAGUGAAGAAACAGCAAGGUGUUACGCGUAAACCACGCUUACCUAUUACUUUCAACAUUUUGGAGAAAAUUUGUCUGCUACUACGAUCUGGGGUGUUUUCCCCUUUCCUCGACGUGAUGAUGGAAACAGCUUGUACUGUCGCCUUUUUCGGUUUCCUUCGCUGUGGAGAAUUCUGUGUGACUGGGGCUUUUGACCCUACUCGUCAUCUAUGUAUGGAGGACGUGAACAUCGACCUUGUACAACAAUGUGUCCAUAUAACCCUCAAGGUUUCUAAAUGUGACCCUUUUAGGAAGGGUAUAUCUAUAGUGCUCUAUAGUACCUGUAAAUCUGUAUGCCCUUAUACAACCUUGAAGCGCUAUUUGUCCCUCAGGACCACGACAGCUGGUAGGAGGUGCACAAUACAUGAUCUAGAUCCAUUUUUUGUGACAGACUCUGGAUCGCCUUUAUCGCGCACCACGUUUAUUUCCUAUUUGCGAACAGUUAUUUCCAGACUUGGUUUAGAUGAUCGAGUAUACAGUGGCCAUUCGUUCCGCAUUGGCGCUGCUACUUCUGCUGCAAAUUCGCAAAUAGAGGAUCAUCUUAUUAAGACAUUAGGACGAUGGUCAUCUGACUGCUAUCAAAGAUAUAUCCAUACGUCAAGAAGUACCAUCAAAUCUGCUCAGAGGUCUCUAACUGUUGACUCAAGGGACCAUGUUUGAACCCCUCAUCUCUUAGUCUGUGACUCUCUGUACAUUCAUUUUCCAGACUCAUGUUAUUUUUUUUUGUUUCUUUUUAAACAUCAACAGGUUUGUUAGGCCUUAACAUGCUUUUAUCAUGUGUCAUAGUGAAUUUCUACUAGUAUAUGCAGCUUUCAUACAUAUGUA